AUGAAAACUGGAUACCAAUUGAGGAGAUUGUUUAAUAUUAUUCUCACCCAGUGCUCUCCACUAAAUCCAUGUGCAUUAUGGAAUCAAUUCUCAACGGAUAUAUGUGAUGAUCUUGCACAUAAGAUUCGUACAUUGUUUGUCAUUUCUAACCCAAUUAAUGCUCAAAUUGAAGAUUAUUGUCUCCAUCUUUUGAAUCGAAUGCUUCAUGAAUCAGGCAAAUGUUUAAUUAACUUCCCACCCAUGCCUCAAUCUACUGCAAAUUGGAGUACAGUAGUUGGUAAUCGAUUGAUAUUCAAACAUCAACAGCUGCAGAAUGAGGCACAACAGGCAGAUCCACAAAUUACUAUUGAUUGUCUCAACAAUGUACAGCGGAAUGCCUAUAACACAAUCACUUCUUCAAUUUUUCAAAAUAAAGGAACUAUUUUCUUUCUGAAUGGGGGUGCUGGAACAGGAAAAACAUUUCUGUACAAUACAAUUGCAUUAAAAUGUCGCAGCCUUGGGCAUAUCGUUGUUACUGUGGUUUCAUCUGGAAUAGCAUCAUUUUUAUUGGUAGGAGGUCGCACUGCACAUUCAACAUUUUUCAUUCCGUUAGAUGUCUUGGAAAAUUCACUUUGUGGGUUUACCAAACAAUCAUUACAAGCUGAGUUGUUUAGAGAAACAAAACUCAUAAUUUGGGAUGAAGUUCCUAUGCAACAUAGACAUUGUGUUGAGGCGGUUGAUCGUACAUUGAGGGAUAUUCGUGAUAGUGAAAAGCCAUUUGGGGGUAUUACUGUUAUUCUUGGUGGAGACUUUCGACAAAUCUUACCAGUUAUACCCAAAGGAGUUCGUGAGCAAAUUGUAAAUGCAUCAUUAAGACACUCUGUUAUAUGGAAACAUAUACAUAUCUUAACUUUGGAUUUGAAUAUGCGCUUGAAUCAUAGAGACUAUGAAAAUGCUAUUUUUGCAUAUUUCUUAAUAGAGGUAACAAUACUUUAA